CAUUAUACGCAUAGUUCCAAAUUAGCGUUAGAGCUUUCACGGUGAAAUUCAUUUGCACAAACUGGAAAUAGAUUAAUAUAGCCUUUAAACCGAUAAUAACCAACUUUAGCGUUACAUAUCAUUCGUUUAAGGUAUAUAAACGCCUGCAUUUUCGCUUUUCUAGUAUCAGAAGCUCAGAUUCUUAAGAACAUAUACUAAGGUAAAAUGAUGUGCUCAGAAGCCUCAUUUCUGCUCCUGGUAACGUUCUGUGGAACGGUCCAAUGUAUUUGGUCCCCAUAUAGGACUGUCGAAUCCCCUUCAUAUCCUCAUCCAAGACCUUGUGACGGCGUGCAUUGCCCUUAUAUCUACUGCACUGGUGGACAAUACACACCGCCAGGAAAAUGCUGUCCGCAGUGCGAAAAAGGUCCUAACAACGACAUCCAUUUGCCAUGCAAAAAUGACGAUGACUGUAGGUACGUUGUGUGCGAAAACCCAGGUGAGGAAGUUGAGUGCCACGUUUCCUUUUCGAACCCAAAGAGACGCGAGUGCCAUUGUCACGUACCGGGAGAAUGCGACGCAGACGGCGACUGCAUUGCAGACUGCGGUCAGGGAGCCAGGUGUGACGACGGGGCAUGUCAUGGCAAUAAUUGCGAUCACACUUAAACAAACGUUAUCAAGCAGCCACAAUUUAUUAAGCUUUAAUUUAAGGGACAUACAUAUUGAUACAUUUAUAAUUAUUUUCUUUUACAAUAUUAAGCAAUAAAAGAAAUGACGAGCAUUUAAAAAUGAAUUUGAGUGUGUGUGUGCAAUAAAUCAAUAAACACAAAAUUAAAUA